AGUCUUGUCACGUGAUAGAUAGGUGUCAUAUGACAAGUAACAUGGCGACGAAGAAAAUACACCUUUUUAUACUUUUUUUAUUUUUGUUUGUGGAUCAAACAUAUGGCAAUUUAUCAAAAAUUGAAAUCACUCAAGUAAAUCUUGAAUGCUCAUUUGCUGUUACAAUUGGCAAAAAAUUAUGGCUUGAAAGCUCAAAAGAUUUGUGGAUUUCACAUAAUUCCACAGUGUUUUCAACAACAAAUUCAUCUUUAGCAUUUGUUGGGGCAUCGAAUUUCAAUGGUCAAGAUGCAAUUGGAAAAUUCAAAGGGAAAGAAUGCGCUUGGAAGACGAAAACAGGUUUACAUUGGAUAACUUCUAUUAAAGAUUACGGAGGGGGCGUGUACCAGUUUCAGCAAACUUUCCCUGAUGGAGCUAAGAAUUCAAAUGCUUUUGGAUCAAAUGGUGUUGCUUCAACAUGGCCAUCUUUUAAAGUUGACAAAUCUGCUGAAGAAGAAUUAGGCUUUUUUGCCUGGGGAAUGGAUUCAUUCGGAGAUGAUGGAAAAAAAUUUGGUCUAUGGGGCACUAAUGAUACAAAGCGAAUUGCUUCUGGACUUGACAGCGGUCCACUACUUCUAAUGAACAAGCGAGGUGAUACUAUUGUUCUGUCACAUUCGUCACAAUUUAUGGUUACCUCAGCCAGCUACAAUUUAAAUUCAAAUGGACAGGGAACUGUUUCAUGGGGCAUUUUAGGGAGCAUAAAAGACAUUCCAGCUCAUUUUUCUUCUUCUGUGAUAAUGGUCUUUGCUGAUGGACCUGGAAAAGCUUUACGUAUUUGGGGAGAUAAUUUACGAGGCCUAUAUGGAAAAGCAAGAAAACCAGGCCCAAGUUUCCAAAAUGAUUAUCUAGGCUAUUGGACGGAUAAUGGUGCAUAUUUCUAUUAUAAUACCCUGAAGAAUAAAACUUACGAAGAAAGUUUAUAUGAAGUGUAUAAAUACUCUCAAAAGGCCGGUAUUCCUUAUAGAUACUUACAAAUCGAUAGUUGGUGGUAUUAUAAGUCCGACGGAAGGCAAGGUGUCGUAAAUUGGAUUCCUCAACCAGGCUAUUUUCCUUCUGGAUUACUUGAAUUUUCAAAGAAAACUAACUGGCAAUACUUUGCUCAUAAUCGAUGGUUCUCAGCAAAUAAUGUCUAUGCAAAGCAAAACGGUGGUAAAUAUAACUUUGUCGUCGAAAGAGACAAGGAUAUAGCUUUACCUCAAGAUGAAACAUUUUGGAAAGAUUUUUUCUAUAAUGCCACUCAAUGGGGUUUGAGAAUGUAUUUGCAAGAUUGGCUCACUCUUCAAUUUGAUAAAAUGAGCUUCACGAAAGAGAAUAUUACGGCAGCGAGAACUUGGCUACUGCAAUUGGACGAAGCUCUCCAAUUUUACGGCUUGCCAACUCAACUUUGCAUGACACCUUGUCGGACCGCACUACAGGUACUUGAACUGAAAAGUAUAACCAAUGUUCGAGUGAGUACGGAUUACUUGCUUGCCGAACAAUGGAGAAUCGGACUGACGUCUCAUUUUGCUUGGAAUGUUGGUGUCUUUCCAAAUAAAGAUAACUUUUUCAGUCAAACAAUCCAGCCCGGAAAUCCUUUUAAGAAAAAAGAGCCGUAUCCGGCUUUGCACGCUGUUGUGUCAACAUUGAGUAUGUCGCAAGUCGCUCCUGGAGAUGGUGUUGGAAUGUCUAAUGUUUCACUUCUUUUGAGAACUUGCAAUGCUGACGGUCUUAUAUUAUCUCCAUGUAAACCGGCUCUUUCAGUUGAUGAGCAAUUCGUUAGGUCAGCUUUUAGGCCCGGUAAGGCAGGAGAAGUAACAGCGACACACUCAAUUGUCUCCAAAUAUAGAUUUGGUAUUGUACUAGCAGCCGAUGUACCAAACGAUAGUCAUUAUCAAAUUACUACCGAUAUGGUUGACGCUGACGACGGCGUUUAUUGGUUAGACGGCAAACAUUCCACCCUAAAUAUCUUUUCAAAAGACUAUCCAAUCUCUGUUGAUUAUACUUGCACAAAAGCCAAUUUUUGUCUCUACCAUACAUCUCCUAUAUUUAAGUUUAAUGGUGAUGAAUUAAUACUCAUUGGAGAAACAGCGAAAUUUGUUCCUAUGUCAGCAAAAAGAUUUUCAAACAUUCGAAUAAGCAGCGAGGAUUUUCGACUUGAUAUAAGAGGAAGUCCAAAUGAAAAAGUGAUUGUUUCUAUAUAUUCAAAACUUCAAAAGAACAUUGAUAUUACUUGCAUACUCCCCGCAAGUGGACAGUCAACAUUAAGUUUCAUUUUAAGAAAUUGCUACUAACCUAUUACUAUACUUUCCAAAUUUAUGGAAAACAUAUCGCUAAGUGAUUAAAUGACUAAAAUAUUUACUCAAUUAUAUUAAUACAGCCUUAAGACAAUGCUCAAAA